UUUCCGAAGAGUUUGUAGUAUGGCGGGUGAAAAGUAACAUCUAUCAUAGUAGCGGCAUCGACAUUGUGGAAUAAUAUUGUGUUUUAAUAUAUUUACCUGCCACAUGGACGCAUUAGCCGGACAAAAAAAAAAUUACAUGCAGCACCCCAGACCACGAGAAGUUGAAAAUUGACUAUUUACAAUUCCUUGUGGGGCCUCUUUUACAAGACAAUCGAUGAGCGUGGCUGCAACGUGUAGCACACGAUGAGUUACAACUGCAGUAUGAUGAGUAUUUGAUAAUUAUUUAUAAUCUAAUUUAUUAAUGAUGGAUAACCUGUCCGGCCUGUUCGGAGACGGAGACUUGGGUGACUUGGAUCUUGAGGGCGAUGGUUUUGGUAGCCCCUCUGGUCCAACACCUGUCUCCGUUUCAGAGAUGGACCUCAAUAGCUACACCCAGCCAUCUUACACUAGUAUAGGAUCUGGGGCAGGGGGACCACCACCCCAGGGGCCGGGCCAGAAGAUGAAUAUGGGUGGUGGACCCCCUCCCUCAACUCAGGCCAUGUAUGUUGGCCCAGGUCCUGGGGCUGGUUAUCCAUAUGCUGGGGCCCCUGGCCAGCAACAGCCUCCCAUGAACCAGUACCAAGGGGGCCAAUAUCGCCCAUCCUAUCAGCCUGCUGGUCAAGAUAUGUAUGCCCAAAGACCUGUACAGCCAAAUCAGAGUGUUGUACCUAAUUGGAGUAGUCAGCCGUCUCCGUAUAAUCAGAUGCCGGGUAAUUAUCAACAGCCUAACUAUUCCCAGCCAGGUAUGCCGCCAUAUCAAAAUCAAGGUAUGAGUAAUUCAAAUAUGGGAGGCUCUAUGCAACCAAACAUUCCACAGAACUACCAGGGCAUGGCACCCCAAAGUAUGAGUCAGGGUUACCCACCUGGUUCUCAGGGCAUAACUUAUCAAGGUACACCAAGACCCCCAUAUCCUGGGUAUGAUCCCCAGAGACCAAUGGCUUCCAACUCCCCAAGUAUGAGUCCCUAUCCUGGAGCACCUCAACCUGCACCAAAUCAGCCACAACAGUAUGCUGUAAGUCAGGGUAUUAGACAGCCAUAUCAGAUGGGACAGUAUCCUCAGGGCCAAGUUCCUAUGGCUGGUCAACAGCCACCUCCACAGCAGCAGCAGCAGCAGCAGCAUCUUGCUGGCCAGCCUAUGGUGGGAGGACCAAGACCUCAGCAAGGUGACAUGAACCAAUACCCUGGCUCUCAGGUACCAAAUGGCACCCCAAGUUAUAGAGCACCAUUUCCCCAGGCUUCUCCACAAAUGUCUCCCCAUGCACAGCCCUCUCCAAGACCUCAGAUGUCCCCAAUGCCACGUAGUAUGUCUCCUCAUGCAAGGCCAAAUUCUAAUUUAGGAAUGACAACACCAGUAUCUUCGCCAGCUUCCAUGCCUCCUUCGUCCAGUGCCUCUCCUAUCCCAACAGUAGCUGCUGGAGGUCCAAGUUCUAGUUUACAACAGCUGGAAGGUAUGGUUAAACCAAAUGUCAUUGCGGGUAGAAAUACACCUACCAGCCAGCGUUGUACAACUCCCAAUCAACCUAUGCCAUCUCCUGGCAUGUAUACAGGUUCCUCUGGAGUGCCAAGUCCAAUUGGAACUAGAGCUCCAAUGUCACCUGGAAAAGUAAAUCGGUCAUCUAUGGGCACACCGUUAAGCCCUGGUCUAGGACCUGGAACAAGUAGACCUCCUAUGUCCCCUGGUCUUGCUCCUGGACCCACACGACCACCUAUGUCACCAGGGUUAGGGCCAGUUGCAAGGCCAGCAAUGUCCCCGCAGCAGUGGCAACAAUCUCGACCUGUCGCCCAGCAGAAUUUCCUUCAGCAAGGUAACUUUAUGCAAGCGAAUACAGUACCUGGCCAGAGGCCGCCUCCACCAAUAAGUCAACAACAGUCCCCUUUAUCAACACAUCAAGGACAAGACUCUAUACCAGACAGUAUUUCUAAUGUUAGUGAUGGAAGUUUGACUCCAAAUAAUAGUACAUCAAGUGCAUUAGUGUCUCAGAGUAAUGGACCAGUGUCAACUCAAAGUGUUUGUAGUAGUAUAGUGAAUAGUGCCGUCAAUAGUGUAUCUAACAGUGAAUCUUUUAGUGAUAGUGUUCAAGUACAGGCUGCUUCCAGCCCCACUACUACAGUUGUAACAGCAGUAAAUGGACCAACACAGACAAGUUUAGCUGGUCAUUCGCCAUCAGCACCCACCAACGUGCCUACCACAACUACCACUCAAGGAAUUGUACAGACAUCCACUAUGACUCCAAAUGGUAUGAUGCCAAAUCCUAUAUCAUCUAAUGGCAUCCCUUCAAAUUCUAUGACUCCAAAUGGUAUGCAUGCAAAUGGUAUACAAAACACAGCUGGGCCGAUGGGUAUGGCACCUUGUGGUCCCCAAGGAGCAAGCAUGAUGAGGUACUCAGGGCCGCAAGGACCAUACACCCAACCUAUGUCACAAGGUGUUUAUAGAAUGGUGGGAUCUAGCCCUUAUGGACCUCAGGGACAGAUGCCUCCUGGUAAAAUGGGACAGAUGCAGCCAGGGAUGCCUGGCCAGAUGCCUCCUAUGGCAGGCAGCCAAAUGCCUCCUAGAUUACCUGGCACUACUACCCCCAGCAAUUCAAUGCCAGGGGCACCACUAAUGGGUCAAAAUCAGAUGCCUAUUCAACCACCCGGUCAUAUUCCUACUAACCAACAAGGACAACUAAUACCAGGUGCACCAGGUCAGGGUCAAAACACAGCAGGUGCACAGAGUCCGAUGCAGUCUCAGAUGGCACCAGGGCUUGGCCCUACUGGUCAAGGGCCAAUGCCAGGAGGCCCACAACAUCAGAUGACAGUAAGUGGACCAGGCCAAAUGCUUGGUGGGCCUGGACAGUUACAAAGUGCAUUGCCCAGUCAGUUAACAUCUAGCCCGCAGGGUCAGUUAUCACCUGUUCCACAAGGUCAAAUGACUCCAGUUGGUCAGGUUAAAAUGAAUCAAGGACCACAGGGUCAGAUGGCCCCAGGGAUGCCACAGAAUGUCCAAGGUCAAGUACCACCAGCAACUCCAGGAAGUUUGCCAUCAGCACAGCAAAGUCAGAUGCCACAAACUUCGCAGGGUCAGACCCCGACGGGACCUCAAGGUCAGAUGUCUCCAAGUUCCCAGGGUCAGGUACAGCAGAAUGUCCAAAGUCAGUUACCACCAGGACAUCAAGGUCAGAUGCCACAAGGGCCUCAGAGUCAGUUGCCUCCAGGUUCUCAAGGCCAAAUGCCCCAGAGUUCUCAAGGCCCGAUGCCUCCAGGUGUUCAAGGUCAGAUGCCACCUGGUCCACAAAGCAUUAUGACACAAGGCCCUCAAAGCCAGAUGGCCUCGGUAACACAAGGUCAGGUACAACCAGGAUCUCAGGGUCAGCCACCUUCAGGACCCCAAGUGCAGAUACCUUCAGUACCCCAGGGUCAGAUGCCACCAGGCCCUCAAGGACAGAUGCCACCAGGCCCACAGGGGCAGAUGCCACAAGGCCCUCAAGGACCAAUGGCACCAGGCCCUCAAGGACAGAUGACACCAGGCCCUCAAGGACAGAUGCCUCCAGGUCCACAAGGACAGAUGCCACCAGGCCCGCAAGGGCAGAUGCCACCAGUGCCUCCAGGAUCUAUGACUCCAGCAACCCAAGGCCAUCUUCCUCCAGGCUCUCAAGGUCCAUUGACACCAUCUUCACAAAGUCAACUGCCUCCUGGCUCUCAAGGCCAAAUGCCACCAAGUGUUCAAGGGCAAAUGAUGGCUGGAGUUCCAGGCCCCCAAGGUCCAGUUCCACCUGUUACUCAAGGUCCUAUGCCACCAGGCACCCAGAUACCAGUUCCAACAGGUCCUCCUGGACAAAUGAUGGCAGGUCCACAGGGCCAGAUGCCUGCCGUAUCCCAGGGUCCAAUGCCUCCUGGUGCACAAGGACCAUUACCGCCAGGCCAGCUUGCACCAGGUCAGAUGGGCCCCAUGGGUCAGAUGGGUCCUGGGAUGCAUCCACAAGCACCAGGUGGUCCUAUGGGCCAAGGUGUUCCGCAAGGCCCAAUGGGUAGCCCUGGUCUGGGACCUCAAGGACCAUAUCCAGUUCAACCACAGAUGAACUUUGGGUUUGAAAUUCAGCAGUGUCAGCAGCAACUUCAGCAGUUAUACAAGAUGCCCCAGAAUGUUCAGACACAGCAGAAGAUCCAAGAAAUGCAGCAGCGCCUGCAGCACUUGCAGCAGCAACAACAACAACAGCAAUUCAUGCAACAGCCUCCCCAACCUGGCAUGUACAAUCAACAGCCCCCAACUUCGUUAGUAGAGGAGUCGCCAAACAACAACAAUAAGAGCAAAAAACGACCCAGCAAACCCAAGACCCCAAAGGUGCCAAAGCCUCCAAAAGAGCCCAAACCAAAGAAGGAGCCGAAACCCAAAAAGGAACCGAAGCCCAAAGAGCCUAAAGAACCCAAGGAACCAAAACCCAAAAAAGCCAGACCGCCUCGCCAGCCCAAGGAACCCAAGCCUCCCAAAGAACCAAAGAAAAGCACCUCGUCCUCAAAAAAAUCUCGAAGUAAAAAGAAUGCAACAACAACAGCAGCAGCAGCAGCAACAACAGCUGUUGUUGUUACUGGUCCUGAUGGUCUCCCACUGCCAGUUGACACUGGGACAGGAGCUCCACCAGCUGCAUUAAUGGAUCCUGCUGUUGCACCCCCUGGGACACCUCUUGAUCCUACGAAGGUUGAUCCAGCUACAGGGUUGCCACUGACUCCUGCUUCUGCCACAACAACUCCUAGUAAACCAAAGAGUGAAAAGAAACCCAAAGUGAAGAGUACUUCAUCUGGGAAACGGAAGCCUGCAGCUAAAUUGUCUUUGAAAUUUAAGCCUAAAAAGAAACGACAUGGUUCUGAAUCAGAUUACUCGGACAUGGAAGUUGGGGGCAAAGGUGACUCUUCAGCCCGUGAGGAUGAUGAUGCAAAUAAGAGAAGGUCAGGUCGAAACACAUCCAGGAAGAAGUAUGUUGAUGAAUUAGACCUCAACCUGUCUGAUGAUGAAAACUUGCUUAUUAAGAAUGGCAGUGCAACUCCUGGCCCCAUCAGUGCAGCUGGAGAUUCACAAAAUGGAUCUGAUACAGUAGCAGCACAGGGUCUAACAGAGGAUGGAGAGAGCAACCUUAUUAAGCCAAACUUUAUAUAUGUGGAUCCCAACAGUGAAGAUACUAUGGUGGUUCAGAUUAUUCUUAGCAUGAGGACAGGACAGAGAGAAGUGGAGAGUGAUACUGAAGAGGAAGAAAAAGUAGAAGGAGAAGAAGAAAAGCCAAAGCAGAAAGGACCACCAAAGAAAAUUGAUGUUGAUGAGUUUUAUGUGAAGUAUAGAUCAUUUUCAUAUCUACACUGUGAAUGGAGAACAGAAGAGGAACUUUUAAAAGGAGAUAAACGUAUUAGUGGGAAAAUCAAGAGAUUUAAGCAGAAGAGAGCAAAUAGCCUAAAUGUGAUGGACUUUUUAGAAGAAGAAGCCUUUAAUCCUGACUACACAGAGGUAGACCGUAUUCUGGACUUGUCUGAGACAACAGAUCCCACAACGGAAAAAGAAAUUAAGCACUACCUAGUUAAGUGGAAGGCGUUGCCUUAUGAAGAUUCCACAUGGGAAUUGGAAGACGAUGUGGAUCCUCUAAAAAUUGAGGCCUUCCUGAAUUACAAGGAUCCACCACCAAAAAAUGAAUGGAAACCAAAGAAGAGGCCGAAACCAUCUGAAUGGAAAAAAUUAGAAGUCUCUCCAAUUUAUAAAAAUAACAAUUCAUUAAGAGAAUACCAGUUGGAAGGCUUGAAUUGGUUGAAUUUUUCCUAUUAUAAUUCGCGUAAUUGUAUCCUUGCUGAUGAAAUGGGUCUUGGCAAGACCAUCCAAUCGCUGUCAUUUGUGGAUGCAUGUCAUAAAUUUGGCAUUCGUGGACCGUACCUGAUUAUUGCACCCUUAUCCACUAUUCCCAAUUGGCAGCGAGAGUUUGAAAAUUGGACAGACCUGAACAUCAUUGUUUACCAUGGAUCGCAAGCCAGUCGUAAUAUGAUCCUUGAAUAUGAGAUGUAUUACAAGGAUGAGAAUGGGGAACGGAUCCCCAGCCUCUACAAAUUUAAUGUACUUAUCACAACCUUUGAAGUAAUCAUAUCAGAUUGUUUAGAGCUAAAAGAAAUUCACUGGAGAUGUUGCAUCAUUGAUGAAGCUCAUCGAUUGAAGAAUAGGAAUUGUAAGCUGUUGGAAGGAUUAAGGCUUAUGUUUAUGGAACAUAGAGUUCUGCUUUCGGGUACGCCACUUCAGAACAAUGUCACAGAGCUCUUUUCACUCCUCAAUUUCUUGGAACCAAGUCAGUUUGCAUCUCAGGAGUCUUUCUUGCAAGAGUUUGGACGGUUAGAGUCAGAAGAUCAAGUCAAGAAGCUUCAGGCCCUUCUGAAACCCAUGAUGUUGAGACGUAUGAAAGAAGACGUAGAAAAAAGUUUAGCACCCAAAGAAGAAACUAUCAUUGAGGUUGAGCUGACAAAUAUCCAGAAGAAAUAUUACAGAGCUAUAUUGGAGAGGAACUUUGAUUUUUUGGUGAAAGGUGCAACGUAUGCAAAUGUGCCGAGUUUGAUGAACACCAUGAUGGAGUUGAGAAAGUGUUGUCUUCAUCCAUAUCUCCUAAAUGGUGCAGAGGAUGCAAUUCAGCAAGAUUAUCGGGAUUCUAAUCCUGCACACAUGCAUGAUCCAGACACUUAUCAUAAUGCGCUUAUCCAGUCAUCAGGAAAGAUGGUUUUGGUUGAUAAGCUGCUUCCAAAACUACGAGCCAAUGGUCAUCGUGUACUUAUUUUCUCUCAGAUGGUCAAGUUAUUAGAUAUUCUAGAAGACUACCUCAUAUUCAGAAAGUAUCCAUAUGAGAGACUGGAUGGGCGUAUUCGGGGCAAUCUUCGCCAGGCAGCAAUAGAUCGCUUUUGCAAACCGGACUCUGAUCGUUUUGUAUUUUUGCUAUGUACCAAAGCAGGUGGCCUAGGGAUUAACCUGACGGCUGCCGACACAGUGAUAAUUUAUGAUAGUGACUGGAACCCACAGAAUGACUUACAGGCUCAGGCUCGUUGUCACAGAAUUGGUCAGUCUAAAAGUGUCAAGAUCUAUAGAUUGCUGUGUCGAAGUACGUAUGAGAGAGAAAUGUUUGACAAAGCUUCAAAAAAAUUGGGUCUGGAUAAAGCAGUCUUGCAAUCAAUGAAUACCGAACAGAGAGGUGGAGCUGCAGGUGGAAAUUCUUUGGGCCUCUCAAAAAAAGACAUUGAAGAACUUCUUAAGAAAGGUGCUUAUGGAGCAUUGAUGGAGGAAGAGGAUGGUGCUGAUGACUUUUGUGAAGAAGACAUUGAUCACAUAUUAUCCAGACGGACAACAGUUAUCCAGCAUGAAAGUGAAAAGGGAAACACAUUCUCCAAAGCAUCCUUCUCUGCAUCAAGUAACCGUAAUGAUAUUGGUUUGGAUGAUCCAGACUUUUGGAAAAAAUGGGCUAAGCGUGCUGACAUUGAUACUGAAGCAGGAGAAAAACUGCGAAAGAAAAAUUUGAUAGUAGAAGAACCCCGAAGAAGAUCACAAAUACGACGUUAUGGACAUGACGAGUCUGUUCUGGACUGCAGUGAUUUGGAAUCGUCAACCAGUGAUUCAGGGGCUGAGAAGGAUGUUGAACCAGAAAUAUUGCCAGACAUGAUGACAUCUUCGAGAAACAAAAAUAGAGGAAGAGGCCGAGGACGGGGUACAAGAGGAGGCCGCGGUAGCCGAGGUGGACGAAUGACGAGGGCAUCCAGAUGGGUGUUUGAAGAAGAAGCUGUUGAUCCAGAAGUUGUGAGAUAUGGUCAGUGGUCUCGUUCUGAGUGUUUCAAAGUGGAGAAAGGACUCCUGGUGUAUGGAUGGGGAAGGUGGAAAGAAAUUUUGUCUACUGGAGAAUUCCGUCCUGCUUGGAAAGAAAGGGAUGUACUGGAAUGUGCCCGCAUGAUUCUCCUCUUUUGUAUACGCUAUUAUCGAGGUGAUGAUAAGAUAAAAGGUUUUAUAUUUGAUCUUAUAGCUCCAUCAUCGGAUGGAAAGCCUCGAAUUCAUCACAAUCACAUUGGGCUCUCUGCUCCUGUCCCUCGUGGUCGGAAAGGUAAAAAAAAGAUACGUGAAGCCAAAAUUGUUGCUACUCACAUGGAAGGUGCAGAAUGGGCCAAGGAAGAGAAGUUUGAUACAGAUGUUUAUUUAGAUCAGGGGUAUUCAAGACAUCUUACCCGCCAUUCCAAUAAAGUACUAUUAAGAGUUCGUCUACUGUUCUACCUCAAGCAAGAGAUCAUUGGUGAUCACUUCACUCAGAUUGAAGAAGGAUGCAGAGCGGGAGAUUUGCCCAUCAACCCACCUCCAACGGAAUUGCCACCCAAGCCUUGGUGGGAUUUAGAAGCCGACAGAUCGUUGCUUGUGGGAGUAUAUAAGCAUGGCUAUGAACGCUACAAUGUCAUGAGAAAUGAUCCUACAUUGUGUUUUCUUGUGCGCUGUGGACCGCCAGAUAAAGCGGCACUUAUGGCUGAAAUUUCUUGUACCAUAAAUGAGGAGGAUAUGGACAAAGAUGACAAAGAUGAUGAUAAAGAUGAUGAGGACUCCAAUCAAACUCCUCUCCCUUCAAGUCCUGCUGUUUCAACAUCUACUUCAAAAUCCGAUGAUGAUAAAUGUGAUGAUAAAGAUGAUAAAAGCAGUGGGGAAAAGAAAUUGUAUAGUUUCCCGUCCACAUCAGAUUUGAAUGGUCGAUUACGAAGGCUCGUGACUUCAUAUCAACGUAAUAAUAGGAAAAAUGACCUCAGAAAUGAGGCUAAAGUUAGGGUUAGUAGAGGUUAUGAUCAUUAUCUGGCAGAUAAGAUCAUGCGAAGAGAGAGGAUGGCAGAGUACAUUCGUGAACGUGAGUUGAGGAAAACCGACUAUAAUCAACGUAGAUGGUCUAAUCGUGAGCAGGCAGAGUUUUACCGCACUAUUUCUACGUUUGGAGUCGAAUAUAUAAGAAAGGAGAAGAGGUAUGAUUGGUCAAAGUUCCGUAUGUUAUCCCGGCUAGAAAAGAAGUAUGAUGAAACGCUCACUGAGUACUUCCGAGCUUUUAUGGCAAUGUGUAAACGGCAGUGUGGAAUUAGGCUGUCAGAAGAUGAAAAUGAGAAAAUGCUGGAGAUUGGUGUAGACCGGCUUCCUGAAGAAAGAGCAAGGAGAGUCUUGGAAAGGGUGGACUUACUUAAUCGUUUGCGGAAUGAUGUGAUCCCUAACCCAGGUCUGAAAGAUGCCUUAGAGUUGGCUUUGCCUUCAAAAGAUAUGCCAGAUUGGUGGAUACCAGGGAAGCAUGACCAUGACCUGUUGAUAGGUGUUGGCAGGCAUGGCUUGGGACGAACUGACUAUUACAUCUUGUAUGAUCCAGAGCUUAACUUCAGAGAUAUUAUCAGGCGUCACACUGCAGGGGAGCCUUUAAUCACAAAAGAAGAGAUGAAAGCCCUUGAAGAGAAGUUCUAUAAAAAGAAGGUAGCUGUAAAGUCAGAAUCAGAGGAAAGUAAAGUAAAAAAAGUGAAAACUGAUGAAACCUCUGAAGAGAAGAAAAAAGAUGUAAAAGAGAACUCUGAAAAAGAUAGAAAUCCUGAUAAAGAGGAUAAAAAUCCUGAAACACCAGUGAAGAAGACUGAAAAUGAAGAGUCCAAAGAAGAUGAAGAAAAGCCAAGUGACAAAGAAAAAGAAUCAGAUGUAAAGAAGGAAGACAGCAUUGAAAAGGAAGAAAAUGAGGAAAAGAUGGAAGGUGUAGAAGAGGAGAAAGAGGCUGCUCCAGCAGAAGAGAAAAUGGAAACAGAAGAGCAAGAAGAACAAAAGGAUGAUAAAGAGUCAUCUGAAUUGGAAAAGACAGAGGAAGAUAAUGAGGUUUCAGCUUCGGUGAAGGAAGAGAAGGAAGAUGAUAAAAAUGAGACUGAAAAAUCAGAAAAAGUUAUUUGCAAAGAAGAAACAAAAGGAAAUUCAGGGGAAGCCGCCGAGUCUGAAACUCAGGAGAUUAAGACUGAAAUAAAAGAAGAGGUCAAAGAAGAAACUAUUAAAACAGAAAAAGAUGUUGAUGGUGAGGCAGAUAAAGAUGGUGUAAGUGGUGAGGCAGAUAAAGAUGGUGUAAGUGGUGAGGCAGAUAAAGAUGGUGUAAGUGGUGAGGCAGAUAAAGAUGGUGUAAGUAGUGAGGCAGAUAAGGAUGCAGAGAAAAUUAAGACUGAAGUUAAAUCAGAGAUUAAAGAAGAACCCACAGAUGAGAACAGUGAAACCAAAAUGGAAGAAAGUGAGAUAGACAGUGAUGAAAUUAGAACUAGUGAAAAAGAAAAUAAAGACAAGGCACCCGAUUCAAGUAAUAGUGAGGAGACCCAGGAAAAGAAAGAGAAAGAAGAGAAAAAAGUUGUUACACUAGAUGAUGAUGAUGAUACACCUAAGAAAUGUACUGAAACUGAAGAGGAUAACAAGAAAGAUAAUAAACCCGAGCAGAAAGGUGAGCAAAAAGAUGGCAAAGGUUCUGCUUUGAUGAGUCUUCAACAAAUGGAUGAAGCAAUGGCUAAAUAUGGCAGCUCUCUAACAUAUGAUAACUUGGUGUCUAGUGAACCCACUGUUGCACAAUUAUUAGCACAGUCUGCAGCAAAUCCUAUUAAGUGGCCAAAAGAACGAAUGUUGCAAUGUAGAAUAGAACACCUUAUGUAUGCCGUUGAGCACAAAAAGUGGCCCGUUGGAAUUGACUUUCAGAGUAGUGAGCAGGAAUGUAAAGUACCUUCCUCCAGUUCCCUCCCUCAUGUUACCAGCAGUGCCUCUUCUCAUACAAGUACAUCUGAUCACCUCUUGGAUGUAGAUCGCCAAAAAAGACGACAGCUAGAAGCAGUAGAUUUGGAGCGCCAGCGUUUGCAAGCUCUUUUGCAUCCCAAUCUCCAUCACACAUUAGGUCUAUCAAAAGGGUCAUCUGGUGUCACAGCUAGUGCAGCUGCUGCGGCAGCAGCUGCUUUGGGUCUGCCUCCUUCUUUCACCAGUGCUAACCUCAGGUCACUUAUGGAAUCUACUGAUGAAAGAAGUAAAAAGAGUUCUCAGUCAUUGGCGGCAGAUAACAAUGCAUUACGGCAACUCCAGGCACUGCAAGGGUCUCUUGAUCUAACUAUCAAACCUGUUAAUCCUGGUCAUAAUGCUCUAGAUAUUGCAGCUGCUGGUCUUUUAGGCCGAAGGGGACCAGGUAGACCAAGGCUCGAUGAUCCUAUGAGAAGUCUGGAGAAAAGACGUCUUGAUUCUCCAUUAGAUUCAAGACCUCAGGAAAAGAAGCGGAGAAAAUUAGAUGAAAUUGUUUUAGGGCUCUCCUCUAAGGGCAAAAGCCCUGAAUUAACUUCGAGUUCAGGGUCUACUGAUACCAGUCCGUUAUCUCUCCUCCGUGGAUCAUCUGUUACGUUAUUAAGUUCGCGUGAUAAAAGCCAAGUCACCAAUGCUGUUACCACUCCAAAGUUAUCAUCUAGCAUAAGCAUAACUCCCACUUCAAUAUCAAAACGUCCGAUUGACUCCUGGGGAGAUGAAGGUUCAGGAUCAAGUAAAACUAAUGCCACUAGUGAUAAGGAUGGUAAACCUGGGUUAGUAAAACAGUCUGAUUUGCCUCCAGGGGUAACAUUGCCACCUGGUAUUGAACUGUAUAGACCUGCCGAUGCCAAAGUUGACAAGUGGCUAGAGCAGCAUCAAGGCCUCCUUGGAGACUCAUCGCGACCUAAGGAGGCAAAAAGACGCAAAACAGACCUGACCACCAUGGAUUGGAGUCAGUUUUCAGGCGAUGAGCGUGUAAAUGUAAUUAAUACAUCUACGGGACAGAGGGUUAGUGGACAAGAUGCUCCAAAGCUGAAGUAUCUUGCCCAAUGGUUAAUAGAACACCCCAGUUAUGAUGUCGAUCCACAGUGGGCAGACACCAUGAAAGAAAGAAGCAGUAGUUUUUCUGAAUUACACAAAAGACAUGCUGCUGAGAAGAAACACAAUUCCAGUAGGGCCUCAAUUUUGUCCUCCUCUGCCUACCUUCUUGGUUCCUCGUCCUCCAGUAGCACCACCACUGCCUCCCUGUCCUUGGCCACCACAUCUACCUCGGCUGCUGGAGGAACCACAAGUACCUCCUUGCCUUCCUACCACUCGCCCAAAGGCUUGCCCUUUGAUACGAAGUCUUUUUUACAAGGACUGGAUCCAAAGAAUCACCUGACUGCGGCUGCGCUAGCAGGAUUAGACCCUAAGCUUUUGGGUAUUGAUCCCAAAUUAUUAGGCAGUCUUGAUCCAAAAGCCCUUGGCCUAGACCCAAAGUUGCUACCUCCUUUAGACCCAAAAUUAUUAGCAGCCAUGGGACUAGAUCCCAAAUUGUUAGGGUUAGACACUAAGCAUCAUGAAAGUAAACACCAUGACACCAGCAAGCAUGAAAGUAAAGCUUCAUCUUCAUCACGUUCUUCAGAAUCAAAGUCUUCAUCUCUACAUAACAUUGAUCUUAAGUUGUUAGGGUUAGAUCCUAAAUUAUUGAGUAGUUUAGAUGCCAAAACAUUGGCAAGUCUUGAUCCAAAAUUAUUGGCAAGUUUGAGUGGUAUAGAUCCAAAGGCAAUGGCAGGGUUAGAUCCAAAAAGUAUAGGUGGGCUAGACCAUAAAAGUUUGUCAGGUCUUGAUUCUAAAUUGUUAGCUGGGUUAGAUGCAAAAUCACUGGGAGGACUUGAUCCAAAGUUACUUGCAGGACUAGAUUUGAAAGCAUUAGCUGGUAUAGACCCAAAGGUUCUAGCAAGUCUUGAUUUAAAGGCUUUAGCAGGUUUAGAUUCAAAAGGGUUGGGAGGUGUAGAUCCCAAGGUGAUGGGUGGUCUAGAUCUUAAGACUUUGGCUGGACUUGAUGCAAAAUCCUUGGGUGGUAUAGAUCCCAAAUUAUUAGCAGGAAUAGAUCCCAAGUUGCUUGGUGUAGACCCAAAGAUGUUAGGUUUAGAUCCCAAAAUGUUUGGAGGUAUUGAUCCUAAACUCUUUGCAGCCAUGGAUCCAAAGUUGUUAGGUGGGUUAGAUCCAAAGUUACUGGGUGGUCUUGAUCCAAAACUCCUAGCGAGUAUGGGUAUGGAUCCAACCAUGAUGAUGAUGGCUGGAUUUGGUGGUCUACCUGGAAUGUCUGGAUUAGGGAUGGCAAAUCCAUUAUUAGGAGGUUUAGCAGGCUUUGGCAUGCAUGGGUUACCAAAUCUAAAUGAUGUUACAUCAACCUCCAAGAGCAAGGACCACAGGAGUGUUGCUUCGAGUUCGGCAAGUUUGCCCUUCCCUGGAUUGUUCCCCGGGGGAACUUCGGCAGGGUUAAUGUAUCCUCCCCUAGGCCUUGGAGGGUUGGGCUCAUUCCCACUAUCUGCUAUGUCAUCUGCAGCUGUUAGUAGUACACUUCUGAAUGGACUCCCAUCCAGCAUAAUGUCAAUGGCAGGUACUUCACGUCAUAGCAACCAGGCUUCAACAACCAUCAGUAGCAGUAGCAAAUGGCGUGAUGAACAGCGUAGAAGUCGCGAGGCGCGUGAUGAACAACGUAGUAGAGUGGAUCGGUCUGAUCAUGGUGAGGAAGCAGAUAGAAGCCUUAAUUUGCGUAAAGAAAGGUUAAAAGAACAGUCGGGACUCUCUAAAGAGGAGCGUUACUUAUUAAAGCAAAUGAAGGCAGAGCGGUUAGCACGGGAAAUUGAAGCUCAGGGAGUGCAUGACCAAUAUGCAGCUCACUUAGACUUAUCGGUACAGAAGAGCCAGGAGGUUCCCAAAAAUGAUAAACCACUGGAGACUCCUGAAAAGUCAAGUUGUGAAAGUGAAUCUUCUAAGCCGUCGGCUGUAGAGGAUGCCCAGAACUUAAGCACAAAGGAAGUGGAAAAUGGUGAAAGAAGUGGCACAAACUCUGAACACGAGGAGGAGGAGGAGGUAGCUGAAGAUGAAAAGAAAGAAGAAAAGAAAUCCUAGUGCUUUAGUGUCACAUUUACAAAUGAAGAUUUGUAAUCUAAUUAAACCAGUUUUAAAAGUAUGUCACGUACUUUUAGUGUAAAUUUUGAGGAGAUAUUUUAGUUAUGUAUGAAUGAAGUUUCUAUGUAUGUGAUUAGUGCGAAUGUGUAUCAUACCACAAUCCCCGCCCCCAAGUUUUCCAUGCUACUGGUCUUCAUGUACCACACAAUAAAUAUUCAACUUGACAUUUAACUGUGAUACUGACCUCAUUAUUUAUUCCAUAUUUUGUGCGAAAAUAAUAUAUCAGCUGUCUUAAGGGAACACAUUUUCCAUGAUCGUUGAGAAAGCAGCCAGAUGUGAAGUGUGAAAGCAUCGUAUCUUUUCCAUUUCAUGACGAGUGACAGAUGUUGUGAUGCAGAUGCUGUGUUACUGCAGACAAAGGACACGGAGCAAAUUUAGUUGCCUAGUACGAUGAACACAUAGUGAUACGGUUAUUUGGAUCUGAACAGUUCCAAUUUGUCUGGAGAUGAUGGAUGCAUCCAUUUCUUGCGUGUGGUCCAGACUGUGUAGGAUGGAGUUAUCCAUUUCUUAUUUGUCUGACCAAGCAUUUAAAAUCUGGUGAUAUCCAACAAAUUUGUAUGUGCCCAUACAGUUUCAGGUUUUCCCUGUUUUGUAUGUCUGGUCAGGCCAAUGUGAAGUUGAUGAAUCCACUUCAUAUGAGUCUGGUCAGGCCUGUGUAAGCAUACUAGAGUUGCUUUAUAUUGUAUUAUUACUAUUUCACACAUUGAACCUCUCAAAAAGUGCUUUAGGAGUCAAGUACAAGAGUGUAGAGAUUUUUCUUUCAUUAUAAAGAGUUGGAUCUUAAACUGGAAUCCCAUGUCUGUGUAAAUAUUAUUAUUAAGACUGAAUACAAUUGUAAGCAAACUUUUGUAAAAGGUAAAUGUAAACUAAAGUUCACUAAUAUUAAAGGGAACUUGGUGAUAA